UUGACCAUUUCUUAUUUGGGUGAAGGUGUGGUUCGCUAUCAGCAGCAAAUUGGAACCAAAGUUCUUAAUUGUAGCUGUAAAACCACGCAAGGAAAGUAAUAUCUGGGUCUUACAGUGCAGAAAAUUUGCCUUUCUGUACAAGUUUAUCCAAGCACAACUAUCGUUACGUUUCAUGUACGAUCGCACCCCAUUGAGUACUGGACUGAAGGAAUCGAAGAGCAGCAGGUGGAGUUACGAAAGGACCGGUCGCCGUCUGUGUGUCUGUAGUUCCAGCUUUCCUUCUUUAUUUCUACCAGAAGGUUUGAUAGGUAUUAGAAGUGAUAUCUACGGUACACAGGGCCAUGGCUGGCGUGUGGACGACAAUUGUUUUGCUGACAAUCGUCCAGUGGCAGUGGACACUCGCAGGAAUAUUCCACACAGUGCCUGACGGGUACGAGGGUUGCUACACGGACAACAUUUUCGUUCGGGUCUUUCCGCACGAGGAGAAAUGGGACUUUCUGCUGACUAACGCUCGGUGUGUGACCCACUGUAGGAACAAUGGAUACGCUUACGCAGGAACCCAGUUCGCGUUGCAGUGUUUCUGCGGGACAGAGCAGAACUUCCAGAACCUGGGGGCCGCCCUGAGCGACUCGGAGUGCAACUCCGACUGCUCCGGGAACAAUGCCGAGAAGUGUGGCGGGAGUCUCAAGCUGUCUGUGUACGAAGUAGUGGCUAUAGAUCCAGCAUCGUCCGGUGGUUUGGGAAUCGGAGCCAUCAUUGGGAUCGUGGUCGGGGUGAUCAUCCUCCUCACCGUGAUGUUCAUCAUCAUUUGUGUCGUGGCCUGUCAGAGCAAGCCGUCCAGCAGGGUGACGGCCACGGGCGUGUCUGUAGGAGGAAACACCGUGGUCAACACCACACACAUGGGCGGUAACACCGUGGUCAUGGGCACCAACAUGAUGUACCCCGGCAACGGAGUCGUCGUGCAGCAGGGCGGGAUGUACCCCAUGCGGAUUCAACAGCCCGCCCCUUACCAGCAACCCAUGCAGCCUCAGCAGCCUCCACCCUAUCCACCACCGCAACCUCAGCAGCCUCCGGGUUACCCGCAACCUAACCAGCCUCAGCAGCAAUCCAGCCAAAUCCCCCCUCCUCCAGCCUACGACGAACCUGCCAAACCAUCCGAUGGCCAGCUCUACUCUCAGUAGACUCUACACUACUGAUAUAGACUACAUCAUCACUAUUUCCCCUUUUCCAGUUGAGUCCAUCCUCGCGGUGUUAAUCUGACUCUAAAAUACCAGCUCUGGAU